UAAUAACAAAAGCAAUAAUAUUCGUGUUAAACAUUAUAGGUUAUAAAUGAUUUUUGUCUUGAUCCGAAUUUUCUUGCGUACUAUUUUUCAUUGCACAUUGCAUGCUUUAUACAUAUGGAUGUGUGAGCGUGCGAGUACUGCGAGUUUUAUUUGCGUGAAUGUGUGAGCGCGUGCGUCGAAUGUGUAUAUAUGUACAUAUAGUCUAUGUAUAGGUAGACAUCGGAAUCAAAGAAGAGAGUGCUAAGACUCAUGGCAGUCAUGGCCGUUUUUACAUUUCUUAGUAGAUUUCACAGAUGAAAAUUUUUCCAUUUUUGCCUGUAAACGAGUGAACCCAACAAAAUUCAACGAUAACAGUACGAAAACUGACGUUUAUGCUUCCAUCAGUGACUGUUGUACAAUUAGAUCAUCCACGGUGACAAAGAAAAAGGAGUAGCAGACGCUGACCUACCAAAAAGGCAGACGAUUGAAAGAGCGCAAAAACUUAAUAGCAAUCCACUAGGAGUUACGUUUCCACAAAGAAAAAUUAUUUCGUUCAAAAGGAUCAACAGUCGAGAGAAUCCAAGAUGACGAUUCUCUCGAAGAAGAAGUCAAACACGGCCAAGGAUCGGCGUAGUGAGAGCUCAAGCGGGUCCGAGGUCGACGUUCAUGGAGUACAAAAUGAUCACGGUGCAGCCGGAUCCAUAGCUUUGCCUAACAGUUCUUAUCAGGUUCGUGGUGGCAAUAAUUUUAAUGUAGAUUUGCAUGGAGUGCAAAAUGACCAUAGUUCUAGUUCUAUAGUUUUAACAGCCAAUAGUCCUUACGAGGGAAAAGUUGAUCUCAGAGAAGAAACACAUUUUGAUGAAGGAGGAAACUCCAGUCAUGGAAAGCGUCAUCGUAGACGAACAAGUCCUCAUAGUUCAUGCAUUAGCAGAAGUUCUCGUAGUAAGAGAGAGCGAGAAAGAGGCAGAGGUGCGGGAGGAAGUAAUAUUGGUACUAAUAAUGAACGUGAAAGGGAGAGAGAACAUGAAAGACAGACUACUCCACCAAUUGCUUCUUGUAGUUCUAAUAGUUUACAAGGUGCAGAUGCUAAUGUUCUGUCAAAUAGUCGAAUGGCAAUAGUUUCUGCUGCCACAAGUCUAGAACAUGAAUCAGGUAAUGGAUACAAUAGCGGGGAUGAAUAUACUGGAAGAACAGGAAAUAACUUGACUGCUGCAGAAUGGCAAGAGCGUGACAGAUGGUUUGAAAAACGAUUGAGGAAAAUAGGUUUUACUAUUAAAAAAAUGGGUGAAGAUGGAGCAUGUCUUUUUAGAGCUGUGGCUGAUCAAGUGUAUGGAGAUCAGGAAAUGCAUGGUGUGGUUCGUAAACACUGUAUGGACUACAUUGCAGCAAAUCAAGAAUUUUUUUCACAUUUUGUUGCUGAAGAUUUUGGUGAAUAUGUAGACAGAAAAAGACAAGAAUAUGUACAUGGAAACCACAUCGAAAUGCAAGCAAUGUCAGAAAUGUACAACCGUAGUGUCGAAUUAUUUUGUUACAGCACUGAACCAAUCAAUAUUUUUCAUGGAGUGUUAAAAACAGAUAACGAACCUAUACGAUUGUCUUACCAAAGAGGUAGUCAUUAUAACAGUAUUGUAGAUCCAUACAAAGCAACGAUUGGUGUAGGCCUUGGUUUACCAUCAUUUAAUCCAGGUUCUGCUGAUAGACAACUUAUGUCUGAUGCUGUUAGACAAAGUGAAGAUUUGCAUAUCGAACAGACAAUGCUUGAAGAUAAAAUAAAAGCAACAGACUGGGAAGCAACAAAUGAAGCAAUUGAAGAACAAGUUGCAAGAGAAAGUUAUUUACAAUGGUUGAGGGACAAUGAGAUGAGAAAAGCACGAUCGUCAAGUUCUAGUAGUACAAGUACAGUAACUAGUGCUCAACAUAGUCACUUCCAUUCGCAUGGCAGUCGAACGCAACAAAGAAGUCAUUGUUCUUCACCCACGGCAACGAAUCAAUCCAAUACAGAAUCUCUGCGUAACUCUCCAAAGGUAAGCGAUAGUGUACGAUGCAAUCGAAGAUCGCCACAACAUCAGUCAAACUGUGCAGUUUCACUUGUUCCAUCUGAACACAAAAGUUCGACUAUAAUACCACAAGAACCUACUCCAGGCAGUAGCAAAGAAACCCACGCAUCGCCAGAUAUUUCUCUCUUCAAUCGUCUUCCUCCAGAAGUUUUUGGUUUAACUGAUUGGGAAGACAGCGACAUUUUGACUAAAGUGUUGGCCACUUCGCAGCAAGAAUAUUUAGACAGUUUAAAACAAUCUCGAACUUUCACAAAUGACUCGAGUGAAACGAACGAGUCUGCAAAUAGUUGAAUACUGUAAACUAUGUGAAUAAAAUACGUAUAAACGUAUAUGCCAUACAUAUAUAUAUAUAUAUAAAUAUAUAUAAAUAUAUACAUAUAUACAUAAAAUCGGAAAUAUAUCAAGUAAAUAGAUAGGUAAAAAGUCGACAAUGUGUAACAGAUGUGCAUUUCUUCUCACUGAACGAGGAGUAAUUUUAAUGAUGAAAAUUCAUCAAAUUCUUCGUACUCUUUGCGAUAGCGCUGCUGCUCUGCUUAUUUUUCAAAUUAAAAAUUUCUUGUUAAUUAUAACUUUGUGAAAUAAAGGUGAACUACUUUGAAUUUCGUUUUUAUAUUCUAGAUUUAAUUUAUAUUUUCUACUUUAAAACGGUCUCUCUUUCACAAAAGAGACGAGAUUUUGUGUAAUACAUCGAUACAUCCUCAUUUGUAUAAUACUAUGGAAAUAAAUA